CACAGAUCUUCUGAUAACACCCAUACACACUCUCUCUCUCUUUCUCUUUCCCUCUCUGAAAUUUCCAUUCCCAUUUUGCCCCUGGAUAUUUCUUUAUUCUCCUUUUUAAUUGCAAUCUGCAAAUCCUUCGAAGAAAGAACCAUGGUCGACGGAUUUCUCGAUACCGUCGGGCCAUUUUCCUUUCCCGGUGUCAGCUCCUCUCUAACCGAAACCCGAACGACAGGAGGAUUGAACGCCUUAGAUCACAUCUCCUCUCGUGUCCCACCAUCCCCAAUCAUGACCGUCGGUCGCGUGCCCGAGCCGUUAGGCUCCUCCGUCUAUCUCCAUCGGAGAGAUCUGCUACAAACGUUCAGCCACCCAAACAGAGCUAAAGGCAGUCGAACACCGUCAGCGUAUACGAAUACGGGUAUGAAGAAGCUGUACAGGGGAGUGAGGCAGAGGCAUUGGGGGAAAUGGGUGGCUGAGAUCAGGCUCCCCCGCAACAGAAUGCGGUUGUGGUUGGGGACUUACGAUACGGCCGAGGCAGCGGCGUAUGCGUACGAUCGGGCGGCGUAUAAGUUCCGUGGAGAAUACGCGCGUCUGAAUUUCCCGAAUCUCGACGACGGAGUAAGGCCGGGAUCUCGCGAGAUUGCGAAGCUAAGCUCGCUGCGAUCCACCGUCGACGCGAAGAUCCAAGCGAUCAUUCAGCGGCUGAGGCAAGAGAAAGCGAAGGAGAGCAGUCAUGGUGGGGCCCACUGCGGUGACAGAGAACAAGGAACGAGGAAACCGGCGACUAAUAGGCAGUGUAAGGGCGAUGAAACGUCACCGUCCAUCUCUGAUGAGGGUCAACUCACCAUGGCCCAUUCCGAAAUGGACGGCUGCUGUUCGUUGGCAAGGAUACCGUCUUUUGAUCCAGACCAAAUCUGGGAUGUGCUUGCUACUUGAAAAGAGAUGUUACAACAGAGUUGUAGUAUGAGAAGUUGAGAACUGAUUACCUACAGACAACUGUACUACAACUUUCCGUACCGUGCCAUCUUUUCCUCUAACAGGCCAUCUUUUUCGAAAUCGGUACUGUGAAAUCGAUAGCUCUCGGCAAAGAAACCAUAGUUUUCGAAAAUCACGCUGAUCCGUUCAUUAGGUGGGCCAGGCCUAUAUGUUGAGUCAAACGUUCGGUUGUUUGUUGAUUCGUACAUUGUGGUCCACCUAGUCAGCGGACCGAAAUGAUUUUUGUUACAGUUGAUUUUAAGGAUAGGAACUGCUUUAAGGUAGACCAGUGGCAAGUUGUGGUAUAGUUUCUUGUAGAUUGUUAGUUAUUAGGGAAUGUGUAAUUCUUCUCUGACAAUAGCAUGAACGCUUCUGGAUAUUUCUUUUGUGUAUGGGAGGCAUCAGAACAGUGGUCUGGAUCAUUGAACCAAUGGGCCCAACUUGUCAUUCAGGUUAGGUCACGUGUAUUAUAUGGCUCCUCGUAAAAUGAGAGACGUUCCAUUUAGGUUUUUUUCGGUAGCAAUGUGAUCGGAUGGGGGAGAUGAUGCAAUGUAGAUGCAUGUGUAAGAGUAAUUUAUCAUAGUAAUUUAUCAUGGGAGACCGAAGAAGAAGCAAUGUAGAUGCUGUGUAACAGUAAUUUAUCAUGUGAGGCCCAAAAAAGAACAAAAAGAAAAAUAGACUACAAUGUCAUUAGGAAAGUAUAAAAGAUUAAUCUUAAAUGUACUUUUGAUUUUU